CACCUCCCUGCAGCAAGCUAGCUGGGAAGCUCCCAGUUCUAAAGAGAGGCUGUUUACCACAAGAGCAUAACAAGGGCAGGUCUGGCUGCAGGGCUGGGACUGCCACCGAGGGGACCCCAGCUGGUCAAAUCACCUGCAAGAUGAAGGCGGUGAGGAUGUUGGUGGCCUGGGUGCAGACCCUCCUCAUCAGCAACAUGCUCCUAGCAGAAGCCUAUGCCUCUGGAGGCUGCUGGUCGGACAACGGCCGCCGGUACCGGGCGGACCAGUCGUCCCCGGCGCCGGGCCUCCGCUGCCUCAACUGGCUGGAGGCGCACAGCCGCCUGGCCUCGGCCCCCGCGGCGGGCGCCGGCAACCACAGCUACUGCCGCAACCCGGACCGGGACCCGCGCGGGCCCUGGUGCUACGUCAGCGGCGAGGCCGGCGCCCCCGAGAAGCGGCGCUGCGAGGACCCGGGCUGCCCAGAGUUGUUUUCCACUUCCCCUCCAGACCUGCCAACCUCCGUGACAGAGACGGAGGAGGCGUUUGAAGUGCCAAGCGGAGAAGCGGUGCAGCUGUUUGCUCCUGCCAAUUCCCUGUCCGUCCGGAGCCAGGCAGCGACCGUGCAGCCCGUGGUUGGAAUGGUCCAGCGGGUUCAGGGGAACUCCAAGGAGAAAAAGGACUUGGGGAUCCUGGGCAAUGUGCUGGGCAUGGGCAUGAUAGUGAUCAUCAUUGCCAUCGGAGUUGGCAUCAUCUUUGGAUACACCUACAAGAGGGCGAAGCGCCUGAAAGAGCAGUAUGACCAGAAGGUGCAUGAGCGGGAGAUGCAGCCCAUCACCCUGCCCUUGUCCGCCUUCACCAACGCCACCUGUGACCUCGUGGAUGAGACGACAGUUGUGGUCCACCCCAGCCAGACGCCGGUCGAUCUUCAGGAGGGUGAUGCCCCUCUGAUGGGCCAGGCAGGCACUCCCGGGGCCUGAGCCCCCCCCCCGCCGUGGGCAGGAGCCCGUGCGGACACUGGUGCAGGUGCAGGAUGGCCUACCCUCUUACAGCCGGGAAGAUCUACACUUUCUGUUGUGGUUAAAACCCUCCCCCCACUUUCUUUUUUUUUUUUCUCCUUUUGGUUUUUGGUGAACCCUAAGACAGACGCAGGCUGCCCUGUUGGCUGGGGGCGAAAUUGGGGAGGGACCUACCAGUGCUGUCUCCAACCCCCGGAGCAGGGGUCUGUCCGUGGAUGGAGACCGUGGCCGCUGCCACAGCAGCGCCGCCGACAAGGGCUUGCCACAUUGCCCGAGUCCUGGAGCUGAAUCAGGGACGGACGGGGAGCUCCCGGGGCUCCUCUGUGCUUUAUGAUCUAGCGUGGCCUCCGUCUCCACCUUUCCGUGUGUCCUCCGUGGGCUUGAGUGGCACACGCACGCUGUUAUUCGUAGUUCAGGUCCAGCGGUUUGAGAAGGAACGCGCGCCCGCUGACCUUGUGAGAACCGGAAAUGAGUUUGUACGAAAGUCAGCAGAGCGGGCUGAGAAUUGGGGCCAGCCAGGGGGUGCUCGGUGGGCUCCAGCUUGCUGGCGGUGACACGCCUCGACAGCAGUGGGCCCGGCCAGGCCCAGGCACUUCCUGUUUUGAGAGGAAGGUGCUCACCUCGCAGAACGUCUACUAAAAUGGGAACGAUACGGAGAAGAUGAGCACGGCCCCUGCACAGGAAUGACAAGCAGAUUCCUGAAGCGUUACAUCUUUAAGAAAAAAGGAAGAAUUGACUGACAUUUUGCUCAGGAAGAGGGUAAAGGCUGCCUGAGGACCCCAGGUGGGCCUGGGGUGCCCCAGAGUCUCUCUCCAAGGUGGGCAGCGACCUCUUUCUUCCCUUGGUGGGGUUAUGACAACAGCUUACCCGUGGGAGUUCCCUGCGGGGCCUUGUGAGCUGCCUCUGGGAGGUCAGCCUGGAGACUGCGCUCAGAGGCCAGAUAAGAAGGUGAUUCAGGGCUUGCCCCUGCAGCGGCCUGAGUUUGCAGGUGGCUCUGUGGCCUCCAGGCCAGCCCUUCCCAGCGGGGGGAGGAGGGAGGCGGUGGAGAGAGGUAGCGCCCCCUAACUUUAAAACAAUCAUAAAACCAUUGGAAGAGACCCUAGGGUUCCUCAGGCCCAGAGGGGGAAAGGGGCACCCAAAGUCAUAAAGUGACCGGCAUGCGUGGCCAAGAGGAGAGGACAUUUCCCUACCCACUGUGCUACACUGUGCCAGCGGCGCGGCAUGGCCUCCUGGUCCUGAUGUCGCAUUUGGAGGCCUUAGCAAUGCCACCUAUCCACAGAGCUUCCUUCCCCAAGACCCGUCCGCUGCCCCACGUGGAGAGAGGGGGCGGUUCGUGGGGCCCGUUCUCUCUAGCAGGUGGUUUGCUGGGGGAAAAACCUAGGCCUCAGGGGGUCCUUUGGGGUUCAGUGAUGCCGAAGAGAACAUCACUGGUUUCUACUUUUCUAUGAAAGCGUUUCUCUGUGUACGUGUUUUAUAUACCUCAUUCUGACACCUGCAUAUCAAGGGCAGGAAAUGGCUCUGCAUUUUACUUGUAUAAAUAAAAUUUUU